CUAUGCGAGUGUACAAAGCGUCAGAGACCAUGAAUUUAUUUCGAGAAAUAUUGCCGAUAUAAAUAUAGAAGACAUUUUAAUGAGAAUGCUACUUUCAGCUUCAUAGUGCUCUUUUUUGAUAUUCACAUCACAACAAACGAUAUUGAAAAUGGACGGAGAACCUUCAAAGUGCAGACCUAGUGUUAUUAAGUGGGUUGGCAAAGAAUCAACCCCAGAUAUGUAUUCCGAGAAAGACAAACGUGACUCCUCCACGGUAGCAAGUGGGCAGCCAUAUGAGAUCUCGCAACAAGAAGCGAAAAACAGCGAUUCUGAACAAUCAACUGAAAAUCUUCAUGCCUCUAGAAGUAGCGAAUCUUCGUUCCUUGAAUCGACGGACACAGAAAAAAAGUAUGAUUGUACGAUAUGCAAGAAACGUUUUAAAUGGCGUUCCCAUUGGAAAUCUCACGAAAGAAUACAUACUGGAGAACGACCUUUUCAAUGUAAGAUUUGCGGGAAACAUUUCACCAGAUCUGAUGGUCUACAGUCUCAUAAAAAGGUCCACAUUAAGAUUGAAAAACCAUGCUCUUCCGAAGCACAGACAAGUUAUAUGAUUGCAAACAAUGUUACUGAAGGUAAAACUGGUUUAAAACAAGACAAAGUUUACAUUUGUGCGCACUGUGGGAGGACGUUCAGUAGUCUUCGUGGAUAUUGCAGACACACCGAUAAGAAACACAAAGUAUUUCUUUUAGGUAAAGAAGAUCUAAAAUGUCAUAUCUGCAACACUAUUUUCAACAGACCAAGUGCAUUGAAGAUCCACAAUCGCGUUCACACAGGAUUGAAACCAUAUCAUUGCAACAUUUGCUCGAAAUCGUUCUCUAUACAAGGAAACCUCAAACGACAUUUAUUUAUACACAGCGGAGAAAGACCUUAUAGCUGUAGAUAUUGUUCAAGUUGCUUUAAUACUUCUAGUCAUUUGGCAAGGCAUGUUAGAUCAAAACAUAAAAACUGAAUUUCUGAGAAGUGAAUAUAUAAAACAUACAAUUUUGAAUAUUCAAAUGAAUUCAUUUGCCGACAACAUAAUUAUAUGUAUAUGGACAAUAGUUGUUUCUACGACUAAAGACAGUUUAUGCGUUGUAGUAUGCAUAGUAUCCAUAAAUUAUACUAUCUUUAGUUUAUAGUUGUUUUAGUUUUUUAAUUUUCAUAAGCAAUAAUAAUACAGCUAAACAUUCGCAGCAUGCCUUCUUGAUGUAAGAUUUACAAUAACAAGACGAAUCUAACGCAGGAAUCUGGGAGAAUGGAUAUAAAGUCCGCUUUGUAUACGUAUAUGUUUAUUUAGUCAGAAACUGACAGACAUAUGUUCUUUGUAGGGCCUUUUGAAAUAUAGUCUUUGUGGGAACUUUAUAUUCGAAAUGAGUUCCUCCUAAAUUGUUUAAAAAUUACAGGACCAGUAUUAUGCUCGUUUGGUUACCGAGUGAAUAUUUUCCAUGUCUCGUACAUAUUGUGUGUAUAUAUACUGCACGUAUUUAUAUACUUGCGUUUAAGUGUCUGCAUGUCUAAAGAUAAGAAACGUUCUCACUCACAAAACAAACUUCCUUUCUUACUUAGCUUCGUUGUUCUAG